AGCCGAGUUUUUGUCCAAUCUUCCUGGGCUCCCCGGAGUGCUCCUGCCGUGCCCCACAAGGACACUGCCGCCUGCCCGCCAACCUGAUGGCGUCCACUACUGCUGUGCCUGUAGGAUUCCACUAUGAAACCAAGUACGUAGUGCUCAGCUACCUGGGGCUCUUAGCACAGGAGAAGCCGCAGGAGCAUCCUCCUCCUCCUCCUCCUCCUCCUCCUCCAGCUCAAGGGGCUCAACAACAGCUUAUGACCCAACAUGCUUUGGAGAAAGAGGCUUUGGCGAAGAUCAAAGUAGAAAUCGAGGAGGAGCUAAAACGUCUCGAUGAAGAAAUCUUGGAAGCAUUUACCACUACAGGAUUUGACUGCCACACUUCCCCAGUGUUCAGCCCUGCCAAUCCAGAGAGCUCAAUAGAAGACUGCCUGGCUCAUUUGGGGGAGAAAGUGUCCCAGGAGUUGAAGGAACACCUGCACAAAGCACUACAGACCUUGCUUAGCAAGCCGGUGACAUAUCAAGAAUAUCGAGAGCGCACGCAAGAGGCAGCUGCUCAUGCCAAUGGAUGGAACAAGGUCUUGGUGCCCCUGGUUCUGUUACAGCAGUUUCUGAUGGAGUUAACCAGACGGGGCCAGGAACCACUGAGUGCCCUUGUGAACUUCGGGGUGACAUAUCUAGAAGACUAUUCUGCAGACUAUAUCAUUCAACAGGGAGGAUGGGGGACAGUCUUUACUUUGGAAUCCGAAGAGGAAGAGUACCCCGGGCUCAUCGCAGAGGACAGUAAUGACAUCUACAUCCUGACCAGUGACAACUCAGGCCAGGUGAGCCCCCCGGAGUCCCCCACGGUGACCACGUCGUGGCAGUCGGAGAGCCUGCCUGUCUCCCUGUCGGCGAGUCAGAGCUGGCACACGGAGAGCCUGCCAGUCUCCCUGGGACCCGAGUCCUGGCAGCAAGUGGCUAUGGAUCCUGAAGAAGUCAAAAGCCUGGACAGCAACGGAGGGGGUGAAGAGAGGAGUGAGAACAACUCUUCCAACUCCGACAUUGUUCACGUGGAGAAGGAAGAGAUACCAGAGGGGAUUGAGGAAGCAGUGGUGGCAGCUGGCGCUGCAGAGACCAUGCAGGCGGCGUUUCCAGAAACCUCUGCUUCUCUACAGGAAGCAAAACCUCCAGCUGAAGUUGCUGCUGUUGAAAAAGCACAUCCCUCUGCACUUCUGCGUGCAACACAGGAGGAAAAGGGAAAAGCGGCCGAAGAGCUUGUUGAACCUGAAAUCCCCGCACUAAGUAAACCUGUCCCAAAGUUAGCGCCGUCAGAAGAAAAGGCUGCACCAGAACCUGAGAAAAUACUGCUUCCAGGGGAAAAAAAAGUGGGGAAAGAGGGCCAUUUGGAAGAAGCGGAAGAGAAAUCCUCCGCUGCCGAGGAGAAGCCCAUCCUAUUGCCGGAAGGGAAAUCGAUACUGCUGUAUGGCGGGGCUGCCGCCGUGGCUAUAUUGGCUGUAGCGGUCGGAGUAGCGCUGGCGCUUAGGAAAAAGUAACGGAGCUCUCUUGAGGAGGAGGAGGAGGGGGGAGAGACAAGAGAGCACCAUCCAGUUUUUUUGUAGUUGUGUUACCUAAGGGUUGAGCUGCCUGCUGUUUAAUUGGACAUUCGAGUAACUUAAUGGUGACGGGGUGAGGUUGUUCAACAAGCCUCCAGCUACGGACAAUCAUGUUUUUAGUAGAAUUGGGGCGGGGACUGGUUUUUCGUGAUUAAAGUACUGGGGUAUUUUUAAAAAAAAAAACAAAAAAAAAUUCUGCAAAUUUAAGAACUUAAGUGCAGGUGCUGAAGAAAGGGGUGCUCAUACUCUAGGAACUGGAACAGAGAAUCCCCAGGGGAAGGGGAGAGCCAGCUGCUGCCAACCCCUGGAGUUUUUGGCUUCUCAGACUGACCGCUAUUGCAGCUGUGCUGUCUUGUCACUUCCCGUCGCGCCCCAGAGCCCUUCCUAACAAACAUUAGCCAACCUGAGUCCUGUAGCGAGAGGCUGGUCUCCCUUUUGUCUCAGCUUCCUCUCAGGUACAGCACUGCUCCUCAUAACCUUCCAGGUUCCUCCUAAGCCCCGGUGGGACAGUGCUUUUUUUUACCUCUUGGCUCACACUGGUUUUGGCCCCUAACGUUUACUGGAGCCCCAUCCUGUGAAGAUGCUGCCUCUCUAUUGCUGUAUUAUCUCUGAGCAUCCUGGUGUUCCUGGGGUAGAGGUGCUGCCCAGGAGGGUGGGAGGGACACUGCUGGUUUGAGAACCCAUUUGCUUUCCUCCUGCCCGGCCCACUUACUGCGACCCCUCGGUUACCAGAGGUGCAAAAUUCAUGCUGGACACGGUGCCGCUUGGAUCAGUGCUCUGAUCUCCGGGGUGCGUUCAACGGUAAACGCUCUGCUGUCCUGUGUCACGCUGCAGUCUGCAUCGUCUUUCCCAAGUUAAGCACAGAGUGUAUUUAGUCCUAACUUGGUCUUGCCUGUGACAGAAUCCCAGAUAUAUAAAGCAAUGGAUUCUAGUGAGCAAAAGAGCAUUAAACAUCUCCUCUAUCUGCUUGUUCCUGACCUGACCCGGAGCGCUGGUCAGUGCGAUUUCUUUUGCAGCGGUGAAUCUGUAAUCAGCUAAACUUACAGGUUCACAAAUGCUGAGAAAAGUUACUUUGGCAGAAAGGAAACCCCUCUUCCUGCGGUCACAACUCUUCAGGUGCGUGUGGAGAGAAACAUUUUAAGUAUUGCCAUGCUCGUUAGUCAGAUCCAGCUACAAGCCUUCCUCUUUCAGCAUGUUUUUGUGUCUGUCCAUGUCCACUGCAGCUCUGUGGGCAAGACCUUGGGCUUUCCAGGCAGAACUAUGGAUGCAUCUCUGAAGGUUGGUGCUGGCACUGUGGCUUAGACCAGCUGGAGGGAGGUGAAGGGGAACUCGCGAUAAUGUAGAAACUGAAACAUGAGCUUACAGGAAUCUUACUCUUCACAAAGCACAAGGACAAGGUACUUUUAUUUCUAAAUAACCUUAUCUAGGGUACAUCUCCUGAUGAGCCUGUUUCUUGAGGGAUCUCAGAAUGAAGAGAUUUUAGCAUAUUCUCUAUUUUAGGAUAUUCUUGCUGCAUUUUCCUAUCCCAGAUGCUGGAAAGUUAGUCAGAGCGUAUCAGAUUCUGAGGAAUUAUUUUGGGUUAACCUUUUGUGAGAAUGGAUUUUCUAGAAAACUUACUGGAUUUUGAACUCUGUGUGUGAGAAGUUGAAUAUUAAGAGGAAGGUUGUCACGUAUGUGCUGCCACUGUGGACUGAACUUGGGAGCUGUGGAGUUCUGGACUUUCCUGUUGAUCACUAAUGGCUCUUUUUCCAUAUACAAAACUUAGUAGUUUGGCCUUAACAGAAAAAAAACAAACCCCUUUAUCAUAUUGCAAAGUGGAAUUGACUUUGCCAUUUCCUGGUAGUCUCAUUGCUGCACUUUCCUGCCUGGUCAGUCAGGAUAGGGCUGCCCCUCUCCUGCUGCUUUGCUGAUGGCUUUGGGUUCUUGUCGGGGAACAUUCUUUAUGGGAAAAGGGCUGUUCUGAACCUGACCUACAUCCUCUCCUUACUGAAGACACUGAGCCUACAUCUGGGACAUCCCCAGCUGUCGCCACACAGCAGGUUACUCUAAAGCAGAGAUGGAUUCUGUGGACACUGGAUAAUUUGUGUAUCAAGGGGGGGUGCAGACAGGGCUGGUUUUACUUUAACUCUUCUCUGGAUGUAGUUGUUUCAGUGUUAGUGUGGGAGAUCAGUAGAGGACAGGAAUAAAUCCAGGCUAGCUAGGGAAGAAGUCCAUAACUUGUUGGCACAAGGAGCCCAGCAGGGUAUUAAAUACAAAGCAUCUUCUUCCACACAGCAGUGAGAAGGUGGCAGCAGGAGUAAGGAAUAAGUGACUGCGUUAAGUCUUUUGCCUGACUGUGAAAAUACUUGAGUAUCUGGUGUGUUGCCACAUUUAAUGGAGCAUCAGCUGCACUGUAUGUUUUUGCUUGGUCCUUCCUCUGGAAUAUUCUUUUCCUCUAAGGGUCUUUUAGAUUUGGCAAGUCAGCAAGAAUUUGUACCCUCUUCUCCCCCACCCCACUGACCACAUGUUCGGGACAUUGUGAGUCUCUUUCCUCUGGGAACACUCCAUUAGUUAAAAAGGUCAGCUGUGGGCUUGAAUUCUGCUGAAUUUGGAGUCCUGUGGUCAGAGCUGGGACAGGCCCUGUGGAAGUCACCAAAGGGCAGGUAAGGUCAGGUGGCAGCGUUCCUCCAGACCUGAGUGACAGGCUGCUCUGUCAGAGGUGUGAAUUAGAAAAUGGAAGGGGUUUCCCCCCCCAUCUUCAAGUAUAUUGCAGUAAUCCUACGCUGCAGGGUCUAACUACCCAAAAGGUGGGAUGUAACCUCUCUUUAGUGGAUCUCUGGUAGCUGGCAGAGGGAAAGGCAGUAGCUCUAUACUUACGAAAGGGCAACUUGCGUUGCAUAUCCCCUUCCCAAAAGUGCCUCAAUAUCUGUCCUCGAGUGGCCUGUACCUUAACAAAAUAUCUACCUUGGACCCAUUCUGUCUUCACUGUAUCCUUAGCACACCCUAAAGCUGAGAUGCUAAAACAGCAGCAGACGAGAUCUACAAAGAAGUGGUAAAUAGUUAAUGACCUGCAGUGGGCAGCGUGCUCAGUAAGGAGCUGUCAAGGAAAAGGCUUUCAAGAUAAGGUGCAACUUAAAUUUCAGCUGUGCUUAAUUCUAAGCUAUGCUCAGUUGGGCAUUGUGGCUGGGAGAUGGCCAAGGGCUUUCUUCAGCUGGCACUGCAGGAACAAGAGGCUGGGAGCAAAGACGAAACCCCAGAAUCCCACUGUUACCCAAAAGCCCAAAGUGCAGACACAGAGCCACGUCCCUGCCUGUUGUAGCUGCCCUGUGUGGGGUGGAGCCUGGUGGACUCACAAAAUCCAGCUGUGGGUCUGGAGGUGGGGCAGCAUGACAGUACUGAGCUGCUCAGCUGGCUGAAACAGGAAUAUUACUGGGCAUAGAGGCAGCUUGAAUACUUAAGAUUUUGGUUUUCACUUGCCUGGGUGGGUGCUGAGAGGGGUUCUCAGGGUGGUAAUUCGGCUGCUGAAAACUACAGAAAACAACUUAAUCUGAGAUGCUAGGGCUGGCCCAACCAAACAAUCUGGAGCCAAGAAAGCAGCACUUCUGCAGCCUUCUGUCCAUUAAGAUGUGAAUCUUGGAGCAGCUGCUGCUCCAGGUACUCACCAGUCCAAACGGAAGCUCCUGGCACAGAGCCGGAUGAUGCAGUGGGAGCGUGGUCUCUGUUCAGUAUUGCACCUGCUUUUGGACACCACUUUAGAUUCUGGCUGGAGGUGAAGUGCCUGUUGUGGUGGUGUUUGCAGUUGGUUGUUUCUUUCCUAACAUGCCUUCUGGAGAGCAAGUUAGUACUAAGGAAUCCAUCCUUGCUGUUUGUGAGGGCUUGAUUUUUCUUCUUGGCUGGAAGCUGCGCUCAGGCAUCUGCAGCUCGAGGGCCAGGUGAAAGCUGCAGUGCUGAGUGCUCUUAGACAGGAUAAGUUCUGCUGCCAGAAUCCUGCUUCCUUCCUUUUCACACAGCAUUGAUCACAGCCAGCCUAACACACUGGACUGGAUUUUUUAACUAAUCAAUGCUUUCUAAGGGUCACAAGCAAGGUUCUCGAGUUUGGUCUUUUUUCAUUUUAAUGACUGUAGUAGAUAAAAUAAUCUGAGCUUAUAAACCUUCCCAGCAUUUAAUUUCAGCUACAGUGAUAUGGCAGUACUAGGAAGGCCCUAGGAAGGUAGAUCUUGCUAUUUUGGCAGAAAAAACUAGAAGUGCUUCUGGCAGCAUCGUGUCUCACUCCCUAAGCCAGAGCAAGCUCCUGUUACAGAAUUUGAGAGUGUAAUUAUGAGGUUCCUUUGCUGUGAAAUGGGGGGGUGUGGGGUGGAGAGGUGAACACAGCCCAGCUGCGAUGCCUGAGGGGCUUCAGAAUGCCCAAGGCUUCAGGAGAAUGUUUUAUCCCAGGCUCUGUUUGUGUCUGCUCAGGUUGAAGCACAACAGGAGAAAGUGUUUCCCAGUGAAACGUGGAGAGGUGAGGCACAGUAUCUCCUGUACCAAGUGAAGGCAGAAGCUGUGCAUGACUUUAAUUUGGCUUGGUCUGCUUAAUUUCAGCACUAGGGAGGUUACAAGAACAGUAUUGCUUUGACUCCAUGUAUGUACCUGUGCUUCAAACUGCAAGCUCUGUAUUGCCAUAACAAAAAAGGGGGGUGGGGGGUGUUUAUAAAAUUUAAGCCACCACUACUUGACUCCAGCAAAGUGAGCUCUCAAGCCCAGAGGAGCAGGGAAUUCAGUUUGUGUCUGACAGAGUGAACUCUCCUGCCCAGUCCUUGGCUGGGGAAUGGCACCAGCUCAGAGGGGUCAGCUGCAGUGUAAAGUCCAGGGGAACCACAAACACAACAUUGCCCAGAUCCACUUCCUUAAGUUAAAUAACUUAUCACUUUUUUUCCUACUUAGAGCUGACCCUCUCUUGGUCUCUUGGGUAGGUGACUUGCUUCCUCCAAGCCAGAGGUCUAUGGUCAUGCUGUAGAAGUGGGGGAGCUCCUGUUGGCUUCCAGUGGAAGCUGCCUUUGAUCUCCCUGCAGUAUCUGCAGGGGAGGGAAGGAACACUAUCAAUGUGGACAGAACAAGCUGCAGAGGAUGCAUCUUACUGCUAUACCUUUAGGGGGUCUGUCCCCAUUUUUAACUUGCAGUAUAAGCAGUAUAAGCAGCUUAUACUUGCAGUAUAAGCUUUUAUUCAAACUCAGACCAAAAGAAUGCCACUUGAUUUGUUAAGUAGCAAAGACUAAUGGGACUUGAUUUGUUAAGUAGCAAAGACUAAUGGGACUGACUAAAGCUGCAUGUUAGGGGAUAUCUUCUACUAGGCUUCUGCUGGGUGUAAGCAAAUAGUGACAGACUUGCAGGGAUUUCGGAUUCUGUUCUCAAGAGGCCUGCCUGGGGGAAGAGACCCUGACUGGUCCUCAAGUCACCCAUUAUCCCAGGAACUCGUCAUACUGUUCCUUCUAAUAUGCAAGUGCAGCCCUCUUGGGGAAAACUGUCUAAAGCUUCUUGUGCCAUUUGGUUAAUAAAAGUGUUUCCACCUUUAAAAGAAAGUUCUUCCCAGCUUCAUUGUUCUAUAGUCAGUUGAAGUGAAGGGGUAUGUACAUUUUUUCCCUCUGCUAAUGGGACACUGCUGUAAGAUCCAUGCCCCCAGGUUGCACUUUAAUAAAUGGUACAGUUUUCAAGAACAAUG